UUCCUGAUCAAACCACAGCGUCGGCAUCUCCUCUCUCUCUCCCAUUGAAUUUUCCUUUUUUUUUUUUUAAUUUUUUGACGCAGUGGUUGCAGUUCUUCCACCAUGUAUUUUCUACUAUAAAUUUGAUCUGCCUCUCUUGCUUAGGGGGUCGUUUCUCUUCAGAUUUCGUUUCUUGUUGCCUCGGCUAUAGUCUCGCCUGCUUUCCAACAUGAGUGGGGACAAGGGCAUCAAUCUCGAGGAGAUUAAAAAUGAGUCCGUUGAUCUGGAAAGAAUUCCAAUUGAGGAAGUGUUCGAGCAGUUGAAAUGUACAAGGGAAGGUCUAACGUCAGAGGAAGGAGCCAACAGGCUUCAAGUUUUUGGACCAAACAAACUAGAAGAGAAAAAGGAAAGCAAAGUUCUCAAGUUUCUGGGUUUUAUGUGGAAUCCAUUAUCGUGGGUCAUGGAAGCUGCUGCAAUCAUGGCUAUAGCCUUGGCAAAUGGCGGUGGAAGACCUCCAGAUUGGCAGGACUUUGUUGGUAUUGUUGUCCUAUUGCUGAUUAACUCGACAAUCAGUUUCAUCGAAGAAAACAAUGCUGGCAAUGCUGCUGCAGCCCUUAUGGCUGGUCUUGCCCCCAAGACUAAGGUUCUGAGAGAUGGUCGGUGGAGUGAACAGGAUGCUUCCAUGUUGGUUCCAGGAGACAUUAUUAGCAUCAAAUUGGGAGAUAUUGUUCCUGCUGAUGCCCGUCUUCUAGAGGGUGAUCCUUUAAAAAUUGACCAAUCUGCUCUAACUGGAGAAUCCCUUCCUGUUACGAAGAACCCUUCAGAUGAAGUAUUUUCUGGCUCAACUUGUAAACAGGGUGAAAUAGAGGCAGUCGUGAUCGCUACUGGCGUCCACACCUUUUUCGGUAAAGCUGCUCAUUUAGUUGAUAGCACCAAUCAAGUUGGGCACUUCCAGAAAGUUCUCACUGCAAUUGGAAAUUUCUGCAUUUGUUCAAUCGCUGUUGGAAUAGCCGUUGAGCUUGUUGUCAUGUACCCAAUACAACAUCGCGAGUAUAGGGAUGGAAUUGACAAUCUGCUGGUUCUCUUGAUUGGGGGAAUUCCGAUUGCCAUGCCUACUGUUUUGUCUGUCACCAUGGCUAUUGGCUCCCACAGGCUCUCUCAGCAGGGUGCUAUUACAAAGAGAAUGACUGCCAUUGAGGAAAUGGCUGGCAUGGAUGUCCUCUGCAGUGACAAAACUGGGACUCUAACCCUGAAUAAGUUGACCGUUGACAGAAAUUUGAUUGAAGUGUUUGCUAAGGGCGUGGAGAAAGAGCAUGUUAUGCUUCUUGCAGCAAGGGCUUCUAGGACUGAAAAUCAAGAUGCCAUUGAUGCUGCUAUUGUAGGGAUGCUUGCUGAUCCGAAGGAGGCGCGAGCUGGUGUCAAAGAGAUUCAUUUCUUUCCAUUCAACCCGGUCGAUAAGAGGACUGCUCUUACCUACAUCGAUGAAAGUGGAAAUUGGCAUCGUGCCAGUAAAGGUGCUCCUGAGCAGAUACUAAACCUUUGCAACUGCAAGGACGAUGUUAGGAAAAGGGCUCAUGCAGUGAUUGAUAAAUUUGCUGAACGUGGUCUUCGAUCUUUAGCUGUUGCAAGACAGGAAAUACCUGAGAAAACAAAAGAUAGUCCAGGAGCACCUUGGCAGUUCGUUGGUUUGUUGCCUCUUUUUGAUCCUCCUAGGCAUGACAGUGCAGAAACCAUCAGAAGAGCUCUUAACCUUGGAGUGAAUGUCAAGAUGAUUACAGGGGAUCAGCUUGCCAUUGGCAAGGAAACAGGUCGGAGGCUUGGAAUGGGAACAAAUAUGUACCCCUCUUCUUCAUUACUUGGUCAAAACAAGGACGCUUCAAUUGCAGCCCUCCCCGUAGACGAGUUGAUCGAGAAGGCUGAUGGGUUUGCAGGAGUUUUUCCAGGUGUGGAUUUAUUUUUCUCAUUUGUAAGUUUAAAGGUUAUGGCCAUGUUUUCUUGUUCUAACUCUCCUUUGAAAUUUGCAGAACACAAAUAUGAAAUUGUGAGGAAGCUGCAAGAGAGGAAACACAUCUGUGGAAUGACAGGAGAUGGUGUCAAUGAUGCCCCUGCCUUAAAGAAGGCAGAUAUUGGAAUUGCUGUUGCUGAUGCUACUGAUGCUGCUAGAAGUGCUUCGGACAUUGUACUCACUGAACCUGGUUUGAGUGUCAUAAUUAGUGCUGUGCUGACCAGUAGGGCCAUUUUCCAGAGGAUGAAGAAUUACACAAUAUAUGCAGUUUCAAUCACAAUUCGUAUAGUGUUUGGAUUCAUGUUUAUUGCUUUGAUAUGGAAGUUCGAUUUCUCACCAUUCAUGGUUCUAAUCAUUGCCAUAUUAAACGACGGUACAAUCAUGACAAUAUCAAAGGAUCGGGUGAAGCCAUCUCCAAUGCCAGACAGCUGGAAACUGAAAGAAAUUUUUGCUACUGGCAUUGUACUCGGAGGUUACUUGGCACUAAUGACAGUGAUAUUCUUUUGGGCUAUGAAAGAUACUGACUUUUUCUCGGACAAAUUUGGCGUGAGAUCAUUGAGAAAUAGAAAAAAUGAAAUGAUGGCAGCAUUGUACCUGCAAGUUAGUAUUAUAAGCCAGGCCCUUAUUUUCGUCACCAGGUCUCGCAGCUGGUCCUUCAUUGAACGACCUGGACUUCUCUUGCUCACUGCUUUUGUACUUGCUCAGCUGGUAGCUACUUUCAUAGCCGUCUAUGCAAAUUGGGGUUUUGCACGUAUUAAAGGAGCUGGGUGGGGUUGGGCCGGUGUAAUCUGGCUUUAUAGUCUUGUAACGUAUUUCCCGCUUGAUUUCCUCAAAUUUGCAAUUCGAUACAUUCUAAGUGGGAAAGCCUGGGAUAACCUUUUGGAGAACAAGACUGCUUUCACUACAAAGAAAGACUAUGGCAAAGAAGAGAGAGAAGCACAGUGGGCAACUGCGCAGAGGACCCUACAUGGUCUUCAACCACCUGAAACCACCAACCUCUUCCCUGAUAGGAGUAGCUACAGGGAGCUUUCAGAGAUUGCAGAGCAAGCCAAGCGACGAGCUGAGGUUGCAAGGCUAAGGGAGCUAAAUACCCUGAAGGGACAUGUUGAGUCAGUGGUGAAGCUGAAAGGACUAGACAUCGACACAAUCCAGCAACAUUAUACAGUUUAAAGAGUAGUCUUUCUUAGAGAGAGAUCUCUAGUUUCAUGUUUUCCCAGAUAAAGCCAUUCAUGAUGAUAGAGGGCCUAAAACUUUAUUUCUAGUUCAGUGAUAAUCCUGUUAUUAAAAUUCCAGUAGUUACUAGCCUCUUAUCUAAUUACAAGUGCAGAAAGCACUGUUCUCUUUUGAAGCCAAA